AUGUCGUCGUUUGUCGACUUAUGCAUCGUUCUGGUGGUAAUGAUGGUGGUGGCCAUCAUUGGCGGCCUCAUUCCCAUCAAGCUUGGGGACAAGCUUCCAGGAUUCAACUACUUUUCAUACUUCGGUAUGGGUAUCCUUAUUGCCACAGCCCUUGUCAUCAUCAUACCUGAAGGAGUGAAGACUUUGUAUGAGGCGACUUCUCCAGAUGGCCCGGAGGCAUGGUCCAUUGGUUUACCGCUUAUUUUCGGCUUCGUUAUCAUGUACCUCCAAGAUAACAUUCCCAUGUUGUUGGAGGCGUGGAAUCUCAAGAGCAAAAUCAAUUACACUGAAGUCGAUGGACUGGCACCUGGUUUCAGUAUUGCACAUGGCUUCAAGUCGAUUCUCCAAUCGGCUCUCACCUUAGGGUUGUUGCUUCACGGGAUAAUCGACGGUAUCAGCUUGGGACUGAGCUAUGCGCUUUCAAAAUCUCAUAUUGGCUUAAUCAUGUUUGUUGUCAUUGUUGUACAUAAGCUUCCCACGUCAUUCAGCUUCACGUCGAUUUUACUCAAAGAAGGAUUUUCUCCCCAAAUUGCGCAGUUUCAUUUAUUCUUGUUUGCACUUACUACUCCUUUGGCUGCAAUUACGACCUACCUAAUAAUCAAGGUUGGCGCUCAUGAUUCCCAAUUUGUCAUUGCUUUAUUGUUUUUGUUCAGCGCUGGCACAUUCUUAUAUGUCAUCCACCAUGUGAUGUCGAACGUUGGCCACUCAAAGUCCGACGACUUGCACAACAGUACGAAUACGCCGGAACAAUCAUCGGCGCUAGAGUUUUUAGCCACACUCGGGGGUGCAUGCCUUCCCAUACUCGUUUCGUUUUUGGGAGGGGAUUAA